AUGGCAGGUAAACUAAACUACUUUUUGGGUUUCCAAAUCAAACAAUGCAAAGAAGGAAUUUUCAUUUCUCAAACCAAGUAUGCACAGAACUUGGUGAAAAGAUUUGGCUUGGAAAAGGCUAGACAUAUGAGAACACCCAUGAGUGUGAAUCAAAAGUUGACAAAAGAUGAGCAUGGAAUAGAUGUAGACCAAAGUCUCUAUAGAAGUAUGAUUGGAAGCUUACUCUAUCUCACAGCCAGCAGGCUAGACAUUUCUUUCAGUGUUGGAGUUUGUGCAAGAUAUCAAGCAACAUCGAAGGAGUCUCAUUUGAAAGCUGUUAAACGUAUCAUCAGAUAUGUUCAUGGUACUGCAGAAUAUGGAAUUUGGUAUUCAAAAGACUCCAACUCACAUCUUGCGGGUUAUAGUGAUGCAGAUUGGGCAGGAAACAUUGAUGAUAGAAAAAACACCUCAGGAGGAUGUUUGUACCUUGGUAACAACUUGGUCACAUGGUAUAGCAAGAAGUAA